AUGUUGAGGAAAAGACCCUCUCCAAUGAUCGGAAAAUUGUCGGAGCUAUUAGUCUCCGGUCACCGUCUCAUGGACACCACCGGAAGUCCAAGAGGCCCAUUCGACACAAAGAUGCAAUCACCAAGAGGUUUAAAAAACUACGACCUCAGUAGCACCAAUCCAAAUUCAUCUGCCAAAAACACAAACGGGUUUCAAAUGGAUUAUGAUAUGAAUGAAAUUGACAUGGAAAGUUUGGAAGAAGAUGAGGAAUACACAUAUGUCACAUGUCAUGUGCCUAAUAAAACCUUCACUAAGGUUUAUUAUGAUGAUGGUGAAGUUCGGAGGCAACAACGUUACAACAACAACGUUGUUGGUGUUGUAAGAAGAUCUGAACCGGAACCAUUAUUUCCGACAUCAAAUUUUCUUAAUUCAUGUCACUUAUGCGGAAAGAGUCUACAUGGAAAAGAUAUAUACAUGUAUAGAGGUGAGAAAGGAUUUUGUAGCACAGAGUGUCGUUCGAGUCAAAUAAUGAUGGAUGAACGAAAAGAGAGGUGUGGUUCAGAAGAAUUGUCAAGUUCACCAUAUACAAGGGGUCAAAUAUUUUCAACUGGAAUUCUUGCGGUUUAA